GUUGUUUUUGGCUCUCAACGCAAGCAACAUUGAUGGCGUUGCAAAAUGGCGUCGACGUCCACCGGUUCAAAAGGAGUUAACCUGAUUGAAAAUUUCUGUGCAGUUACAGGGGCGGAUGAAGAUGUUGCGAAACGGAUGCUGGAAGCUUGCAACAACAAUUUGGAAAUGGCAAUCAACAUGCAUGUUGACUCGGAAUGGACGGCGCCAUCAAAUUCCACGGAUGCUCCCCCAGCACAUGCUUCUGCGAGGGACGCACAGUCAGCACCAUCUCUAAAUCCAGAAGAUGAUGUAAGGCCACCCAUACCCCCUGUAAGGGAAGUUCUCGUAGAAGGAGCUUAUCCAUUUGGGUUUCAUGGGGCUAGAAGGGCAGCUUACAGUGUUUUUGAUGGUUUCAGGGACUUCCAAAACGAGAUGAAGAUACAAGAGGAAAAAAUGUUACACGGAGAUGAUCUCUCGUACAAGAAAAGAAAAACGUUGGAAGACCUGUUUCGCCCGCCCUUGGACCUCAUGCACAGGGGCUCAUUUGAAUCUGCAAGAGAAGUUGGAAAAGCAUCGAAUAAGUGGCUGAUGGUUAAUGUACAAAAUGGACAAGAAUUUGCCUGUCAGGUGCUCAACAGGGAUGUCUGGAGCAAUCAGAUCAUCAAGACCAUUGUCUCUGAGCACUUCAUUUUCUGGCAGGUCUAUCAAGACAGUGAGGAGGGCCAGAGGUAUGUUCUCUUCUACAAAGUUGUGGAGUACCCGUAUAUUGCCAUUCUGGAUCCCAGGACAGGAGAGAAAGUCCUUUCAUGGAGUCAGGUCGACGCCGUCAAGUUUUGUGAUGCAGUGACUGAAUUCCUAGCAGAGCAUCCAACUCCUGACGGAACAGUCAUAAGUCCACCAAAGAAACGAAUCAGGCCAACAUCUGACAGAGAUGGUGUUUAUGAGGAGAGCGAAGAGACCCAAUUAAAAGCAGCCAUCGAAGCAUCCCUUCAAGAGUCUGUGAGGAGAACUGAGGUCGUCUCGGACGACGACCACAGCGACCUAGAAACGUUUGACUCGGAUGCAGAGUGUGCAAUGCCGCAGUCUCCUGGCGGUAGGUCGGACAUGUGUGCCGCAUCCAGGUCUACAUCCCAUUCGAAUACGCAUCAGUCUACAAAACCUGAAGAGCAAACAGAAGGCUGGGAGGCAUAUCUUGGGAGUGAUGACGACCCAAAAUCGGAGCUGAUGAUCAGAUUUCCAGAUGGAUCUCGAAGGAUAAUGACCUUCCCAUGCACAUCACAGCUGAAGGCCCUCAUAAAGUUUGCUGCCUGCAGUGGCUUCUCUGAAGAAACUCACGAACUGAUCACAAACUUUCCAAGACGCAACUUAACCGAAGUAGAUCCCUCCGCCACGCUCAAAGAGGUUGGAUUGUUUCCGAAAGAGACGGUCUUUGUUCAGCUGCGGAGCACAUGAUCCGCACGUGGGACAGCAGUGUGCGACCGAGCCGAUCAUCCGCAGUGAUUAAAUUCUCAUCAGGGAUGUGCAAAGCAAAUGUAUAAAUUUGCUGUGUUGAGGACAUUGUCUUCGAAAGACUGUAAGUUAAUGUAUUCUUUGCUUUUAACAUCUUAGUAAUAUUAUUUUCCAAAGCCUAUAUAACAGCGAAUUUUGGGAGAGGUAGAAUAUGAUGUUCUCUCUCUCGCUCUGUUUCUUAACGAUUGGUCGACGUGGAAACGUGAACAAGGAACUGUAGGAAUGGUUCUAUUGAGAGAAACUUUUUUUUAUAUAUAUAUACAGUCGUACAUCGAUAUUAUGUGGAAUAUAUGUUUCAGUGUGACAUGCAUGGGGUGCAGCAUAUAUUCCAGGUAAAAAUUAAAACCUGCACUCCUCAGGCCUAUUACGAUAUCCCCUGUGAUACAUAUUUCCUCAAAUGUGAAAUUCUCUAAAUGUGAACGCACUGUUCAUCUUGCAAAGUACAAGAGAGUCGUGAAAAGAGCCUCAUGUCGGUAAUGCUCAGAAAAACUGCAUGAAGUUGCUCGUGUUAGAAUGGCUGUUUCCUCGACAAGGAGAGGAAAUAGGUUGUAGUGCCAGAUGUGCGAAGUCACUGAACUCAGCCCGAGUGCUGAAGCCUUAUCUGUUGCCCCGCCCUGUUGAAAAUUGUCCUGUAAUGUGCCGAUUCCUGUGACUUAAAACGGGAAUCGCGAGAACGGCGAAGAAAUUGCUCUCGGACAAGU